CUCAACAUGGCGGCCUAUUUGAGCCGGCUGCACCACAUUUCCCUUCAGGUUUCAAACGUGGAUAAAGUCGCGCACGAGCUCGUGUCGCGGUUCCAGUUUAACGUGUUCGCGGCGCGACGGGCAGAACGGGCGAAGCAGCUCGCGCUCCGCAGAGGAUCCGCGGUGUUCGUGGUGAACGAGAGACCGAGUCUGAGUGACUGCGGCGCUGUCAGAGAUCACCGGGACGCGGGCUGUGUGUUCGGGGCUCAUGAGCACUACCCGGUGGACACCGUCAGUAACGUGUGCUUCGAGGUGACCGAUGUACCGAGCGCGAGCCGCGCGCUCCGGGAUCACGGCGGGUGUGAGUUCCUCCAGCCGCCCGCGGAGCUCCAGGAUGACCGUGGCCGGGUCACCUUCUCCAUUGUGCGUUCCCCGGUGGGUAACGUGUGCCACACACUCAUCGACAGCUCCCGGUACCAGGGACCAUUCCUGCCCGGUUUCCAUGAGGUGAGCUCGGGCUGUCAGGGUGCAGACCGCUCCCGGUGUCCCAUCACUCACUUUGACCACAUCACAUACGCCUGUCCGAGGAGCAGCACAGCGCACAUCACUGGCUGGUAUGGGAGAAACUUCGGCUUCAAGAGGUUCUUCAUUGACAGGAAUGAGGAUGUAGAUGAGGGAUACGUGUUGAACCAUGACGGGAUCGGGCUGCGUUUGACAGCUAUGGAAUACUGGAAAUGUAGUGAGUCUGGAAUUAACCUGCCCUUUAAAGAUGAAAAGGAGCCAGACUGCAAGUUUGUGAUCGCAGAGUCUCUCCCUGAGCAAGGUGACAUCUCAGACCUUCUGCAUAUUAAAGGCAGGAAUCAGGUGGACACGUUUCUGGAUGAGCACAGAGGAGCAGGAAUCCAGCACAUCGGCCUGUACACCGAGGACAUCGUGAAAACAGCUCAAACUCUGAGUGAGGCCGGAGUUCAGUUCUUCUCUCCUCCUCCGGCGUACUACACUGAGGUGGGGAAGCAGCAGGAGAUGUUGGAUGCAGGUUAUGAUCCUCAAACACUAAGUCGAUAUGGGAUUCUGCUGGACACUGACAUCCAGACGCACACAGACAGGACCACAGAUGGCCAUCGGCACCUUCUGCAAGUCUUUACCAAGCCGCUGUUCGCAGAGGACACGUUUUUCCUGGAGCUGAUCGAGCGCAGAGGAGCGACAGGCUUCGGCGAGGGGAACAUCCGAGCGCUUUGGAGAUCCGUUCAGGCCUACAUGGAGAACGGAGAACAUCAAGAGAGGCAGAGCAAAAAGCAGCAGAGCAAACAGCGCUGACUGAGCAUCUGCAACACACACACUCACACACACACUUACAAUGACUACACUGUAAGACAUAUCUGUACAGCUUCUGUAUUUAGUGAUUCACCUGCGUUUUCUGCUUAUUUGUGGUUGUGAAUUGCAUUAUGGGAUGUUAAUCUCUGCUCUGUUGACUAUUGAUGUUGGAAAUUUAACUGUACAGUUUAACACAGUGACGUUUAUUGACAUUUUAGUAAAAAAAUAUAUAGAAAAAUCUAAUGUAUAAGCAUUAAUAUAUAGAGAAAUAAGUCUGUAAGUAACAGAAAAUGUACCGCAAGUUUAUCAUAAGGUUUUUGUUGUAUAAUACACACCAACACAGACGAUAUAGCACUCGAAUCUAUUAAAAAUGUCAAUAAAAGUCACAUUUUCAAACUUUUCAAGGUUAAAAGUUGUUGGAGGAAAGAUCAAGCACCCAUAAUGCAACUCAAAAGCAGAAUUCAUAAUCACAAUAUACAGAAAACUGCUAAUUUAUGGAUAUUUUUGUACAGAGACUAGCAUGAGAUCUACCUGAGCUUUAGAUUUACUGACUGCAGCACCUUUGGGAACAUUUGUGUGAAUAGAAAGUAAUUUUUGUCCUCUGUUCAGGACUUUCUGCAUAUUUGACUGUAACAGUCGUCAGUUCGGGCACUUCUAAUAUUAUCAGCUUUACAUUGAACGUGUUUAUAUAUUCAGUAACCAUAAUAUAAGUACUGUGAUGCACUGUAUUUUCAUUUAAAUCCAUUUUAUGUGACGUUCACAGUGAAACACAUGCGGUUCAUCUCUGUAUUUUGCUAAAAUAAAUGGAAACCUCUUAACAA